AUGGGAAGAGACUUCCCAAUGUUGAGAUGUUUGGGAGAGGUCGAGACUGAUUUGGCUCUCACUGAGGUCUACAAAGAGGAUUGCGAGAGUCGCAUUAGUGGGAGAGAACUCACCCAUAAGGGAGAUCGUAUUCAAGCGUUGGUCUGUGGUGACCAUACUUCAAAGUGGAAGCAGCUGCUGAAAGAGGAUAUGACCUGCGUCAUAAAUAAUGGAAAUGUUUAUGAAAAUGAUUUCCAGUGGAAGUUGUGCGAUCAUCCAAAAAAAUUUGUUUUCUUGAGCGGUACAACUGUUAAACCAGUUGACCUUAACAACAUUCCAUCUGAGAAAUAUUUCUUUAAAGAUUUCUCCGAUAUACUCGCGGGAGGAUAUAUCAUAGGUGUGGUUGAUGAGAUUGAAAACUGCCAAUCCAAGACUGGAGGAAAAAAGACUGUCAUUUCUUUUAAACUGAAAGAUUUGAGUGGGAACAUUGUAACUUGCACGUUGUGGGACACUUACGGAACCGGGUUUUUAAAUUACUAUAAUGACGAAUCAAACUGUGGAGCAAUAGUCAGUGUUCUAACUCAUGCAAUCAUUAAGGAUUCUCAGGUCUCUAAUGGCUGGAGUGGCUCGAAACUGUUUAUCAAUGACGAUAUUGCUGUUAUCAAUGAAUUCAUGUCUAAGCUGUCUGAAUCUCAGAGGAAUGAAAAACCAUUGCAAUCCACUCAGACGAUGUCUUCUUGGUCUGGGUCAACCCAAUACACAUCUAUUGAUAAGUUUGUUUAUAAUGCCAAAUGUAUGUCGCUAGCUGAAGUGGAAACUGUCUGUGUAACUGUGGCUACUACUUUGAAAUUUGCUAUUUCCAAAUAUGGAUGGUUCUACUAUGGAUGCACCGGCUGCACUUUGAAGGCUCCGAAUCCAGAUAAUCCGUUUAAAUGUGGAUGUGGUGAAAAUGUUGUGAAACCUGUACCAAGGUACAAGAUUGAGAUUCAUGUAAUUGAUGGAGAAUCCAAGUUCCGCUUUGUAUUUUGGGAUACCGAUUGUUUUAAUAUCAUUGGAAAAACAGCCGACGAUAUGCGCAAAUCCAUGAUAGAGAAUGGUGAAGAUGAUCCUAUGGUCUAUCCAGACGAACUUGAUGUACUUUUGAAAAAGAGAAUUGCUUUUAGAGUUAAAGUGCAGCCAAACUUCAAUCAAGGAUCCGUUCAGAAGCUUUUAACAGAUGCAUCUUCUGUUGAUCAGAUUUUAGAAAACUACAUCAAACAGCAAGAUGACCAAACUAAAGACAUUGUAGUCAAUGAACCAAAAACACCAACAGAUACCUUGACUUUCAACAUUAGUGGUAAGGAUCCAAGAAAGGAAGAUACCGUUGAUUUUUUCGCUCAUUCACUUUCGGCAUGUGGAGAAAAUGAACCCGAAAUUAACAGUAUAGUCACCCCAACAAAGGCGAAGUCAUCAAGUGCACCAGACGGUGAUAAUGAAUAUUUUAUUGUAAAAAUCAACAAAAUGAAAGCUGCUAAGGCAAGGUUUAAUAGAAUGAAUGUCCUCAGGCAGAAGAAGGCAAAGCGGUUGAAGAGAGCAAACAAAGAGAAUGAGUGUUUCUUCUCUCCAUCUUUCGUCCAACAAUCUUCGUCGUUCCGAACACCUUUAUCAACCAUAACUAUGAAUACCAUCAACAUUUCAUCAUCAUAUUCACCUAACCACUUUCAACCAUCUUCUUCAAGUCCCCAACCUUCAAACAGAUUGGGUCUGAAUUUAACAAACAGAGAUAAUGACUUUUUCUUCUCUCCAAUUUCCGUCAAACAAUCUUCGUCCUUCCGAACACCGUUAUCAACCAUAACAAUGAAUACCAUCAACAUUUCUGAGUCAUCUUCACCUAACACAUGUCAACCAUCUUCUUCAAGAACUCAACCUUCAACUGUUGAGAUUUUAAAAUCUCGGAGACCCAACAUAUAUCGUUCGAACGGAUUGGGUUUGAAUUUGACAAAAAAAUUUAACAUUACCGUUAGUGGUUCAAAUGAUCAUCCUGAGGUUUCUGCAUCUCCUGUCGCGGACACGGACAAUAACAAUUUAUUUUCAGAUUCAGAUGACAAUAGUACAGAAAGUUUUGAAACGGACUCCGAUAUUGAAUACCUGGAUGAAGGUUAUAACAUCUCUACAGACUUGCAUUCUGCAAUGACUUCUUCAAAUGGAUACUACGAUGUAGGAGACGCUAAUGUUGUAUGUCAACAGUGCGGUGCGCAAAUGUGUGAUACGGUUCAGUCUCGCAAUUUCCAGCAAAACAUACGAAUGUAUAACAUGAUGUUUGCAUUCACAUCUCCUGGUACUAAGAUGGAUAACCAUUUUAACAACGGAGGCGGUCCUCCUACUUUCCGUAUUCAAGGGCAGGCCUGUCAUAGAAUUGGUAGUAUGUUACCCAUGCCGGGACAGACUCCAAAAUUUGCCCAGCUCUAUAUUUACGACACUGAACAUGAAAUACAACACAUGAUUAAUGGGAUGAGAACAAAAACUGGCGUUGACAUUGAUAUUGUUACAAAAUUAUCUCAAAUGUUGUACGAACACAACGUACAUGCUCAGUCUUUCCAAAUGGCAAGAGAUAUUUUGUCUCAACGAAGUGUAACAUAUUUGAAACUGAGACUUAUUUCAGACAGAAAUACUGAUGGACGUAUUUAUAAUCAGCCAACUGUUUCCGAGGUUGCCGCUUUGAUAGUUGGUGAUGUCGAUACAGCUGAAAAAAGAGAUAUCAUAAUGCACAAACAGUCGGGCGCUCUUCAAAGAUUUGAUGAGUAUCAUACUUCUUAUCUUGGAUAUCAAUAUCCAUUGCUUUUUCCAUAUGGUGAGGAUGGAUAUAGGCCAAAUGUGAAACAUCGGGAUCACGGUCGCGUUGUACGUUCCACCACACCGAACAGUCGUGAUGAAUUGGAAUAUGACGAUGUUCCAUGGGAAGAAGCUACGAAGAGAAAUAGGCUAACGAUAAGAGAAUGGAUGGCAUUCCGAAUACAAUCAAGACAUAACGAGGCACCGAGAUUGUUAAGAGCUCGAAGGCUAUUCCAACAAUUUUUAGUUGAUGGUUAUACAAUGUUGGAAUCGGAGAGACUUAGAUGGCUUCGUAAAAAUCAAUCCAAAUUAAGGGUUGGAAAAUAUCACAAUUUGAAUGAGUUAAACUCAAACAGGGUGACACAAGGCUCAAGCACCGGAAAAAGAGUAGUUUUGACGUCUUCAUAUGUUGGCAGUCGUAGAUAUAUGGAUCAACUAUAUUUUGACGGAAUGGCAAUUUGCAGCUAUGUUGGUUUUCCUGACCUAUUUAAUACAUUUACAUGUAAUCCAAACUGGCCGGAGAUACAACGUUAUGUCAGACAAUCAAACUUGAAACCGACCGAUCGUCCAAACAUUAUUUGUCGAGUAUUUAAAAUGAAGUUUGAUGAGUUACUGUCCGAUCUCACCAAGAAAUCUGUCAUGGGCAAGAGGGGUUUGCCACAUGCUCACAUAAUAAUUUUUCUUCAUCCGACCAGCAAGUAUCCAAACGCAGAUGAUAUUGAUAAGAUAAUUUCAGCUGAAAUACCUGACGAGAAUUCUGAUCAUGAGCUCUAUAACUUGGUAAAGUCACAUAUGAUACACGGUCCAUGCGGAAGACUUAACCGAAAUGCACCGUGUACAAGGGAUGGGAAAUGUUCCAAGUAUUUUCCAAAGGAAUUCCGUCCUCAAACAAUAGUCGAUCAAGAUGGCUUCCCUGUUUAUCGAAGAAGAGACAAUGGUCACACUGUGUUAAAGAAUGGAAUUCGGUUUGAUAACCGUCACGUUGUACCAUACAAUUCAGGAUUGUUAAAGAAGUUUCGAGGUCACAUAAAUAUGGAGUGGUGUAAUCAAAGUUCUUCGAUAAAGUAUUUGUUUAAAUACAUCAACAAAGGUUACGACAGAAUCACUGCUGUCGUUGUUAGGAAUGAUGAGGUGAGCCAAAAUGCCCAGAAAAAUAUCGACGAGAUUAAACAAUAUCUUGAUUGCAGAUAUGUUUCUCCUUGCGAAGCAUGUUGGAGAAUAUUCUCUUUUCCCAUACAUGGAAGAAAACCCGCGGUUGAGAGGUUAUUUUUUCACUGUGAAGGAGAGAAUUCUGUGUUUUACAGAGACAUGGAUCGCUUAGAUACCGUGUCGGAAAAGCCAAGUGUCACGGAAUCAAUGUUUACUGCUUGGUUUGAGGCAAACAAAAAAUAUCCUGAAGCCAAGGAGUUAACAUACUGCAAGUUUGUUGGAAAGUUUGUUUAUGUAAAGAAAACAAGGGAAUGGAAACCGCAGAAAAAGGGUUAUACAAUUGGUAGAUUGGUAUGGGUUCCUCCAAGCUCGGGUGAGUUGUACUAUCUCAGAAUGAUGUUAACGCAUGUAAAAGGUCCACAGAGUUACAAAGACAUAAAAAUAGUUAAUAACAAAAGAUGUAAUUCUUUCCGCGAUGCUUGCUUUGCUAUGGGAUUUAUUGGUGACGAUAGGGAGUACAUCGCUGCCAUUGAAGAGGCAAGUCACUGGGGAUUUGGGCAUUAUUUGAGGUUGCUUUUUGUUCAUAUGCUGCUAUCAAGCAGCUUGAAUAGACCAACACAUGUUUGGAAAAAAACAUGGCAAUUAUUAUCGGACGGCAUAUUAUAUGAACAACGUAGAAUUGCAAACAAUAGAGAGUUGAUUUUGUCAAAUGAAGAAUUGGUCAAUUUGACAUUGGUAGAAGUUGAAAAAUUACUUCAAAAGAACAGGAAGAGUUUAUCCGAUUUUGUUGGAAUGCCACAGCCAAAUGGAUAUGUUGUUCAGCAAUUAGGCAACAGGUUGAUUUAUGAUGAACGUAACUACGACAUCAUAGAACAAAGUCAAGAAUACAAUACAUUAUAUCAACAUCUCACAGAUGAACAAAGAACUGUUUUUAACACUAUUAUCGGGGCUGUCAAUAACGAAAGAGGAGGUGUCUUUUUUCUGUACGGAUAUGGCGGCACAGGAAAGACGUACAUUUGGAGGACAUUGGCGUCUUGCAUACGUUCGAGAAAACAUAUUUGCUUGACUGUUGCUUCAUCUGGUAUAGCUUCUCUUUUGCUACCAGGAGGUAGAACAACCCAUUCAAUGUUCAAAAUUCCAAUCCCAACAUUGGAGGAAUCCAUAUGUGACAUCCCAAAGAAUACUGAUCGAGCCGAGUUGCUUCGGUCAGCCAAAUUAAUUAUAUGGGACGAAGCUCCAAUGGCUAACAAGUAUUGUUUUGAAGCACUGGAUAAAACCCUUAAGGACCUUAUGUCCGACACAAAGCCUUCCAAGUAUAUUUUUGGUGGUAAAGUUGUUGUUCUUGGCGGUGAUUUUCGUCAGAUCCUUCCUGUUAUUCCAAGGGGCAGCCGUUCUGACAUCAUUCACGCGAGCAUCAACUCUUCAUACAUAUGGGAUCACUGCAAGGUUCUCAGAAUAACAAAAAACAUGCGUUUGUUGCAAUCCACCACACCUUCAAGUUCAAAAGAAUUAGAAGAGUUUUCAAAUUGGAUUUUAGAUGUUGGAGAUGGAAAACUGGAUGAACUGAAUGAUGGAUAUGUAGAUAUUGACAUACCAAAGGACAUGUUGAUAUCCAAUUUUGAUGAACCGAUAAAGGCAAUUAUAGAUUCAACCUACCCUAACUUUCUGCAGAAUUACAAAGAUCCACAAUACCUUCAAUGUAGAGCAAUAUUGGCUGGAACUUUAGAGACAGUUGAUGUCGUAAAUCGUUAUGCGCUAGAUAUGAUUCCAGGAGAUGAAAAGAUUUUUUUAAGCUCCGACUCAGUUGAUCAAAUGGACACUGAUGCUUGCGAUUCUUUUGAUGCUUUGACAACGGAAUUUUUGAACACCUGA